ACAUGCGGCAAAUGUUUACACACUUACAUUGUUUAGAGAUUUUGAAAAAGAAUUCAAGUAUGCAAUGGGUUGCAUCUCAAAUGUCAACUACAUCAAUGGAAAUUUCUUUGGUUACAAAGUGCAACAUGAAUCUUGGCCUGAACAUACUGCCCAUUAUGUAGCAUUUGAUCCAACAACAAAUUCCAUUAAAUGCACUUGUAGGAACUUCGAAGAAUCAGGAUGGCUAUGUUUCCAUGCAAUACGAGUUCUACAUAUACAUUCUAUUGUCAACAUUCCAGAGCAAUACAUUUCAAAAAGGUGGACAAAGUUUGCAAAAAGUGAAGUAUGGAAGAGAAUGGAACAUAGAGAAGAUAAUGGAACAGAAAAGAGAAAAAUUACUCCAUGGCGUUAUGAGAUGGCAAGAAAUUUGUACAACUUGGUUAUUAAAUGUCAAGGGAGUGAUGCAGCUAAAAAGGUGCUUAAAGAGGCUUAUGCUCAUGCUAACGAAAGCAUAAAUAAGGUUCUAGAAAAAGAAAAAGCAGCACAAAAGGAGGCAGCACAAAAGGCACAAGACGAUGUUGAAGCACAACAAACCACAAUCAACAUAGCACCGUCUACAUCAUCAUCAUCAUCAAAUGCACCACAAAUAAUAGUUGAAAAUCCACCACUAGUGAAGACAAAAGGAAGAAGUAAAAGAAAAAAAGGAUUCUUUGAGAUAAGGACAUCGUCAACAGCACCUACAGAAUUUGGAACUUUUACACCAAAAGAACAACUUUUUUAGUGACAUUGGAUUGAAUUUAGUGUUUAUCAAAUUAGUUAACUUGUACCAGCAAUUAGUUAACUUGUUCCCUCAAUUAGUUAACUUCUUCCCUCAAUUAUUUAAUAUUGUUAACCUUACAAUACAUUAGUUAACG